AUGAAUUUCCAUGCAAGACGAGUCACCUUGCCUGCCAUCACACCUCUCUGUCUGCAGAAGCGGGUGAUCAAAGUUUAUGAUGAAAAUAAUACCGGCAAAGCUGUAGAGGUUCCCAAUGACGUCACUGCCCGAGACAUCUGCCAGCUGUUCGUCUUGAAGAACCACUGCAUUGAUGACCACAGCUGGACUCUUAUCGAACACCUCACACAACUGGGUAUAGAGAGAACCAUUGAAGAUCAUGAGUAUGUCAUGGAGGUGCUGUCAGGAGGAGGGAUGGACACAGACAGUCGACUAUAUUUUAGAAAGAAUUAUGCUAAAUAUGAAUUCUUCAAGAAACCUCUGGUAUUUUUCCCAGAUCACAUGGUUUCUAUAUCUACUGGAACUAAUGGAAUAGUGGAUCACUCUGAGCUUAUUGAGACCUUUCUCAAAUCCAGCACUUGUCCAGAGAUCCAUGGGUUCCUGCACACCAAAGAACAAAGUAAAAAGUCCUGGAGGAAGUUGUACUUUGUUUUACGGAGAUCAGGGCUUUAUUUCUCCAGUAAGGGCACUUCCAAGGAACCAAGGCAUCUCCAGUUCUUUGCUGAUUUCAGCGACAGUGACGUCUACACAGUUUUAUCGGCUAAAAAACUGCACGGAGCACCAACAGAGUUCGCCUUCGGUGUUAAGUCUACAAAGUGCAGCUCAGCUCGUGACUUGAAGCUGCUGUGUGCAGAUGAUGAGCAAACCAAGACCUGCUGGACCACAGCCAUGCGCUUGUUAAAGUUUGGGAUGCAACUUUACCAAAAUUUCAUUCAGCCGCACCAGAAGCAAAAAGCCUCACCGAUGAGAAGCAUCUCAGAGAACUCACUGGUGGCCAUGGACUUUUCUGGCCAGAAGACCAGAGUGAUCGAGAACCCAUCUGAGGCGCUGUCUGUGGCUGUGGAGGAAGGCCUGUCCUGGAGGAGGAAAAGCUGCCACCGUCUCAGUGGCCAUGGGAUUCCCUCUGCCUCCCAGAGCGCAGUGUCAAAUCUAGCAGUCCACUUAGCCCAGCCAUGGUUCCACAGAAAACUGUCUCGGGAGGAGGCUCAGCGUCUAAUUACCCAGCAGGGUCUAAUUGACGGGGUGUUUCUUCUGAGGGACAGUCAAAGCAACCCAAAGACAUUUGUUCUGUCCCUCUGCUACAUGCAGAAAAUCAAACACUUUCAGAUCUUACCAGUGGAUGACGAAGGGGAGGUGUUCCACAGUUUAGACGACGGCCAAACACGGUUUACUGACUUGAUCCAGUUGGUGGAGUUUUACCAGCUGAACCGUGGGGUCCUCCCCUGCAAGCUCAAGCACCACUGUUGGUGAAACUCCACCUGAACCUGCAAACUAACACAGUGAGACCCCCGAGCACCUGAACUUGUGGCUCCAAGUGAUCUUGUGCCUUAAAGAAAACCAAUGAAAAUACAGCGGAUAUCAUGAUGUAACACACAGCU